AAUUAUUGAGCUCGAAAUUCGAAAAGUCCAAAAAUAAAUAAGUGAAAUUUUGAUCCGCCCACACUUUGUCUUGAUCGGGUGGCCAACUCACAAACAAAAACGCUUGUCCGGUUUCUUUUUUUUCUGGACUUGAAUCUACACUUUUUUACUAUUUCAAUUGUCAUUGGCGGUAUACUCUUAAUUUUCUGGCAUCCACUUCCGCCGGUAUUUGUCUACAUUCAUACACAUCCCUCAGCAAACUUCGCAACAUGGACUACAGCCAAGUGCUCGUCGAGCUCGAGCAGGCGUGCGGCGAUUUCCAGGUCCCGGCCACCCGAUUUGCCGCCGAGCAGCACCUACAAUCGUUUGGGAAACGCCCUGAUGCCAUUGCCAUUGGAAAGUACGCUCUGGCCAACUCGAGCUUGCCGACCGCAAAGUUCUUUGCUCUGCGCGGAAUCAAAGAAUCCGUUAUUGCAAGUUACGCGGUUCUGGGGGUCACGAGUGCGCUCGCAUUGCGCGAUGAGCUGUUCCAAGUGGCCGUGCUUAAUGGGCGCAGCCUCGAGUCUUUUGUCCUGGAUUCUCUGUGCUGGGUUAUUGCUGUGAUCACCAAGCGCGCAUGGAUCGAGUCUUCCGAAGAGCAAAGGGCGGUAUUCACGAAUGCGCUCUGCGAAGACAUUACGCGGCACAAUAUCCCAUGCAUCGGCCUCAUUACCGCGACAUAUCUGAUUGAUGAGAUCUCUGGCGGGAGCAAGUGUUCUGAAUUCCACCUGCCCUGGGAGUUUCAUUACACUUGCAAAACCUCAUUUGAACGCGCGCAUUUGAUUCCACUAUUUGAAGCACCGCUGAAGGUUAUGCAUGGCCAGCUCCGGCGAUCGACAGAGUCGCAGAAUGCGCCACCAAGCGGCAGUCAUAUUAUAGCAUACGAACGGCGGUCGGCCCUGCACGUUGUCGAGAGGAUUCUCAGCUGGUCAUUCACAUCUCCAGACAACAACAAGGUUAUCGAUGCUGCGUUUGGCCGCCCCCGGGAUAGGUUCUCGGCCAGGGGCACCGACUGCGGAUCAAGCCGCCGCUCCAAAACGGGCGAUUUGGACGACGGCGAUGACUAUGAAGGAUCCGGCCAGGCGAUUAUUGACAACGACCUGCAAAACCGCACACCAAUUUUCCCGCGUGAAUGGCAGCCACUGCUCCUCAACAGCGACGUGCUGACCAUGUUCUUCUCCGUCUACGAAGCGACUCUGACCGACCAGAUGCACGCCUAUUUUUCGCCAGGUAGCUCGCAUAUUGCGCUCCAGUGCAUGAUCCAGGUCUCUGGUUUGCGCGGAAAGGGCAUAUUUAGCGCCUCCGAGUCGAAUAGCACCGACUCCUUGCGCGCCCAGUACGCACAGGUCAUCAUGCAGAACCAGCUGCGUGUGCUCCGCCACGUGUGCACUAUGGAUCUCACAUCGGAGGGCUCGGAAGACAUGGUGGUCGCCACUACACAGAUGAUCCGCCGCUUCAUCGAGGCGCAGCUGGCCGAGCAGCCGGAAUCCAUCGUGGCAGGCGAGCGCCUGCAUCCACUGGCGCUUUUGACCGCUGGCGUCCCUGAGACGCUCGCCUAUUUUGGCGAAGUGAGCAAGUUCAUAUGUUUGCUUCUGCGUGCAGCUUCGGGAAUCCUCAGGUCGGACGCAGCGCACAGCAUCGAUGAUGAUUUCGGCGAUGUCGACAACUAUUUUGUUAUGCAGGCGUUCGACGAGCUGGCCAGUGCGUGGUCCAGCAUUAUUAACGAGAUUCAGGAGUGGAAAUACCUUAUCGAGGCAUCUUCGAGCACCAGGCAGACGCUGUUUACAAACGACAGCAACAGCAGUGGCGGGGGCGGCGGCCAAACUGGCGGAAUUGACGGGCAAAUUGAUAAUCGCAGCGUCCUGGCUUCGUUCACGCAAUUCCUGACGACGACUGCAUACAUGAUCCACUCCGAGUACAUCCAGCUGCGCAUGUUGGCGUGCGAGGACAGCAUGAAGGAGAGCGACUCUCGAAGCGAUGCCCAGUCAAUCGACCACGGGCUCCUGGCCAAGGACUAUACCGUGUACGAGGACCAACUCCAGUUCAUCGCGCUGCUUUCUCGCUUGGACAUACAAAGCUCGAUAAACAGGCUGUACAAGAGCCUGUUUAGUAUGUGCAGCGCUCUCCAGAACAAGUUCGAGCGUCUUGGCAACGAUAUCAACAUUGGAGCGUUCAUCGAGGCCAGCGACGGCGGCAACCAAAAGUCGAUCGACAUUCUGCACGAGCAAAUUCACUGGAUUGUUCUGAUGAUGGGUUAUAUACUCGCUGACUCGGGAAUAUCGGAGCGGGUGCGCAUCCCGACGGCAAUCUCUGAGCCGUCAGUUGCCAGCCACGAUAUCGAGCACGACUUUAUCGUGCAGAGCAUCAUGACAAUACUGAAGACAAUCCAGUUUGAGCUCAUGAGUCCAUCAUCUAUUCUUGCCGCCUACGGCAGCCCCCUGCUGGUUGAGACGCUAUUCUGGACUCUGCGCCGGAUCGUGCCCGUGUACUUCCUACUGGAUGUCUCUGACUAUCGCCAGCUUAAUCAUCACAUCGUCUCUGCCUUUGGCAAGGCAUCCGACGGCGGCAACGGCGCCGCACUGAUAAGCGGGAUCCUCGACCUUGUCAGACGCGCAUUUGCCUUGUGGACAUCCGAAGAAGAUGUGCUUCAAAUGUGCGUAGACAUGCUUCUAGCGUUCGCCCAGCGCUCCAGCAUUGCUCAGGAGAUCACGCAGUCACCAAAAUUCACACCACUCAUGCUGUACCUUACCAGCAACAUGCAUCGGUUCCCCGAGUCCACGCAUAGCUCGAUGAUCGAGGCGCUUGCCGUCCUGUGCAGCCACUCGUCAUUGGGCGAGCACGAGCGCGGUUUUGCAGAGCUGAAGACGCUGAUUCAGCUCAAUGUUGCCCAAAUCGUGCAAGAUCGCAACUUUGCCGCACGCAGCCAAGAUGCGCGCGUUGUCAGUCGCUUGCUAGACGGACUGGACAUGCUGGACGGCAUACUUGCCGCUGCCAACGACAGGAAUAUGGACAUGCUCUUUGUUCUGAUUUUUGAAAUGCAACCGGCGUUUAUGCAGAUGCUCUCCACGUACAGCUGCGACCAGGAGAUCCCUCGUAAGGUCAUUCAGGUUGUUGAGUCCGCCGCCCGCUAUCUCGACAUAUCCUCACUUUCCGAUAAUGAGCACAUGCUCAAUUUCUCGCACAACAUCCGGUUGGUGCUGCAGCAGUACCAGCGCUCCCAUCAGGGCCAGUAUCACACUCAACACAGCUCUGACAUAGAGGCGCUAAACGUAAUCACGACCCUGACACUGGCGAUAUCCUAUCUGGUUCACAACGAGAUGGGAUUUGCUCCCAACGAAGCUAGUCGGUCGACAUCCAGGGAGGUAUCCGAUGCCUUUGGCGAGACCGAGGUGUACGGCCUUUAUUGCAUCCACACAACGACAAGUCCGUCGCAGAUCAACUCUCCCAAUGCCAUGCGCGUCUACAUGCAGCUUCUUUCGGAACUGAUUCAGUUCAGAACGCCCUCGCUUAUCCGCUGGCUGCCAGUUGAAACCUGGCAGGCAGUCCUGAACAUGCUGCUUAUGGGCAUUGACAACGACAUCUACGACGUUGGCCGGCGCGCAUACGAAGCCAUUGGCAAGCUGGGCGCAUAUAUCAAAAUUGUUGGUUUGGAAAACACUGUGCCAGAGGUCCAGCAGCUUCUCUACCAAGGAGUUAAGCAGCUUAUGAGCAAAUUGUUUUUGGCUCUGCUGUAUUCGCCAUUUGACGCCGAGCUCGUCGAGUCUGCGGGCACUGCGCUGGUCACGCUCGGCCUGAUUAACCCCGAUCAUUUGCAGUCGUGUUUUGGAGAACUCCUGGCCCAAGGUAACUCGGCGUUGUUUGCCGACAGACUUUCAGCAACAUUUGCCCGGUUCAACAGCGAGCUGGAGACGUGCGAGGCAAUCGGCGCAUUCUUGCGCUUGUCUGGGCCAAUUCCAGACACUAUCGACAGCACUGCGCUGAGGCAGCCGUUGUUCGAAUUCUUGAUCAACACGCGGGCAGUACUUCGCGUAAAAUAAUUUUCCUUAGUUUUUUAUACAACCAGCGUGUCAGUGCAAUAGAACUACAAAAUGCACUUGUCAU